AAGGCCCUGGAGAAUGGAAAUGUCUGCGUCUGGUUUGUGGAGAAGGCAGAAUAGUUAGCCCAGGAAUGGAAAGCAAGGACUGAAAAAACGGAAGCCCCAGCAAGGAUUCUUUCUCUGUAACAACACUUAAAAGCCGCGGUCUUAUGUCGAAGCAUUAACACCACCAACCACUGCUGUCUGCGUUUUUUUCCACGUGGAAUUCUUUUGAGCAGUUACAGGAAAAGUGAGCUGACCCUGUUCCAAACAGCUUACCCGAGGGAACCGAGGCAUGAAGAAGACAAACAAGCCCUCCUCGGAGGCCGAUAAAGUUCUAGAGUAUCGGCUGGUGUGGAAACCAAGCCAGCCGAGGAUGGUGGACGGCUUCGGUCCAGGCCCUGAAUGGCUGGUCUCCAGUUGGAUCCACAUCUGCCUGUGGGCGUUAUGUUCCCACAGAAUAAAACAGAAGCGCCAGGGCUCCACUCGGCCAAGCAGGACCCUUAUGAACAAGGUGACUCUUUCCAGCGGGCCCCGAUGGGGCACUUGAGAAGCAAUUUCCAGCCGAAGUCUUUGAGCAACAAAGGGCCGUCGCUGGACAAUGUCUACACUCACCCCAAAUGGAACACCUGCACAAAAACCCGGACCUACUCCUAUCUCCACUGUGCUGGAAUCAGCUGGCCAAACUCGGGAAGUGAUUUCCAGAGCCAAGAAAAGAAUUUAUUUUAUUCAUCAAGCCCUCAAUCCCGGUAUCCCAAAGCAAAUGAUCAGGACUUCAUUCCCUUUACAAAGAAGCGAGUUGGGGUAGAUCGGGCCUACCCACUGAAACCCAUGGUCCACCGGAAGUCUCGCAGUACAGGUGAGGCUGGUACAGACGAGGACCAGAUUGUCUACCCAAGAUCCUCAGAGCCAAGAGUGUUCUCAGACAGCACGUUUAGUCUGAGGGACUGGGCCAAUUCCUCUGUUCCUGCCGCCUGGCAGGAGGAAAAGGCCAUGGCAAACCUCCAUUGGACUGACUGGAUGCAGAUCCAAAGGCUUGAAGCUGCAGGAGAGAGCUUAGAGGAGGAAAUCCGAAGAAAGGAGAAUCUCCUAAGGGAAAAGCUGAAGAAGACAGAGCAGGGACUCAGAAGGAUCCAGAAGGAAAAGGAACAGGCCAAGGAAAAUGAAGACCGAGAGCUGCCGAGAAUGAUACUCUCCAGGAGGAGAAUUAAAGAUAGUGACAGCCACACCACAUACAAACCUGUCUUCUCCCCAGAAUUUGGGUCUGAGGAGGUGUUGAGCAGAGACAGAACAGAGGAGGAAACAUGGGCAUGCCCUCAGGAGAAUUCUACUCGGUUCCAGUUAUCUGGUAAUGGAAUCCAGAGGCUCAAAAGGGAAAAACUGGUGGCAAGUAAUAACAAAAUCCGAGCCCAAGCCUCAAGACCAUCUUCAGAGAACUCCCAGCCUCUGGAAGAGACCAGUAGGGUUAUGCAAGGCUCUCCCAGAAGUUCUAGCCGAUCCAGGACCCCAGGCUCCUCGGGUUCUAGCAGCUCCACGGAGAAGGCAGAGCUGGGCAAGUGCAGCCACUGUGGACGCACAUUUCUCUUGCUCAGGCUGGAGAGACAUUCCACUGUCUGUGGCAGGAUGCAGGGGUCCAAGAGGAAAGUGUUUGACUCCUCCAGGGCCCGGGCUAAGGGCACAGAACUAGAGCAGUACUUGAACUGGAAGGGGCCAGCCACAGUCAAGGCUGAGCCUCCUCGGAAGAGCAACUGGAGACAGAAGCAUGAAUCUUUCAUCCGUACUCUCCGUCAGGCUCGAGAAGUCCAGCAAGUAAUUGCCAAAGGUGGAAACCCCGCAGACUUGCCUCCAAUCCUGCCCGCAGAAAAUCCAGACUAUGUUCAGUGUCCUCACUGUAGCCGCCACUUUGCUCCUAAGGUGGCUGAGCAACACAUUCCCAAGUGUAAGACCAUCAAGAACCGCCCUCCACCUCCACGGAAGCAUGAGAGCUGAGCAGAUGACAGGGAGACCACGGCACAGUUCCCACUGCUCUGCUUCUCUUCAGCAGUAGACAGGAGCAAGAUAGAUUUGAUGUAAAGCAGAAAGAAAACAGAACUUUUCCAGAAGCCACAUUUGCCUGCGGAUUUAACCUCUCCUAGGAGAGAGCUAUUAGUAAGCAUCAGAGACAGGGGAAAACCCAGCUUCCCCCUGCAUCGCAACCUUUGCUUGUGUGCCUUAUGUUCUUUCCCUAAGAAUGUGGGUGAGGACAGGGAAUCGUGAGCGGGCUGCAUUAAAAUUCUCUUCCCGUGAGCCUGGCUGGGAUUUGUGCUAGUGAAGUACCUCUGGUCCUCACGUGUCCAAGGUUUCUUCUAACACUUCUCAUUCACGCAAGUUCAGAGUACUGGGUGAGCUGGGGUCAGGAGACUGUGGUCACACAGAUGGUAACUCUUACAAAAAAUAACAGGGGCUGAGGGUGCAGCUCAAUGGUAGAGUGCGUGCCUAGCAUGUACAAAGCCCUGGGUUCGAUCCCUAGCACCACAAGAAAACAAAGGAUAGUAAGAUUGUGCUUUAAGGCAUUAUUAAAUGGAACUCUAUCUUGGCCUCCCUGGGGCAUGGUCCUGGCCAAAAGCCUAUAAAAGUACAUAAUGUGAGGGCACCAGUGUGUCUUAAGCCUUCCCUGUGGUGUACUGUUAAUAAAAGAAACAUCUUUAUGUACAUUACAGGGUAGGAAUGGGGAGAAAACACAUUUUACUUCAAUUUGUUCUUUUCUAAUGGGUUUCAUAUGUUGGAUAAAAAGAAAAAGAUGCUAAGAGUCUGCUCUCAAAUCAGGGGGGUUGAAUGACUUUUUAAAUGAGGGAGCAAAUCUACCAUCAAAUCAAGUGCAGUGUCCCAUGUCCUUGAUGGUUAGAGUAUGGUCACACAGGCCAGGCCAGAUCUUUUUAAUUUUCUAUACAGAAAACUGCCUAAUACAAAUAAGGUCCUCAAUGAAUGGAUUUUAGGAAGUUAACAAAAGAUUUUGAGUAAGGACAGCUCAUAGACAAGAUAUUUGACCCAAAAUGUAUCCUGUCUCCCUAGCAAGUUUAAUGAGAAAUACACUAAGUUCCUCACUUGAUGUUAAAAGCAAUGGAUGGCAAGAAUAAGUUGUGACCAAGCUCACAAAGCAGUUUGUGGACAGCUUUGCCCCACAGAUCGUUUAUUUGGCUACACAGCAUUAAAAUGUUCCAACAUUUGAAAAACAGGAUAUGGAGAAUGUCUUGAAAAAUUGGAGGUCUGGAAACACUGGGCCAGCACAGGGCACAGCGGGUGGGGUUCAGAAUUAGUGGCUCCUUCAGUUGGGGAUGGCAGCAUGUAGAGCCAGUUUCAGCCCUAGGUGAUGUUAUGGUCAUGGGUCUGAAUCUUCCAGGGAAUAAAUGCUCUAUCUAUAGACACAGUGAUAGUUAUUCAUUCUUUAGCUUCCAAAGAAAUACAACAGUCAAUGUCUUAGUGUUCCCUUUGAUAUAUAUGUAUCAAGGCCUUCUCUUAGUCUGUUGAGUUUGACUUGGCUUUGGGGAAGAGGUAAGACCUAAGUGUCUUCCUGGGUAGAAAAAGGACAGCAAAGGACCACAUAAAUGCUGCUUGUAAAUGUCCACAUUUUAUGUUACCUUAUCCAAGAACAUUUAGUGCAAAUAAACAAAUUGUCAAGUUCAAAAAGUUAAGCUAUGGGAAAAAGGUCUCAUGGUGAGGUUCACUUGGAAACUAAUUUUGGGAACUGUGUGUAGACAGCACCAAGAUAGUAUCUUCCUACUUCUGGUCAUUAUUUGCUUUCAGUCCAACAGAUCUCUUCAAAGCUACAGGCGGCAGCAGAGAUGUGAUAGGACACAGGCUCUCCUCCCUGACCCCAUGACUCAGUUUAAUGAUUAGUGCACUUCUAUAGUCACAGAAGCAAUACAUGACUUUUGCCUUUGCAGCAGGAAAGACUGUUUCAGUCCUGACUGUAGCCUACUCUGCCCUGAUGCCAUUAUGACUAGUACUUCCUUAGAGUCCCAAGAACCUCACUUAAAUGAAUUUGUGUAAAAUUCAUUUUUGCCCCUAAGGCUGUGUUUGUGUGUGUGCACCAAUGCUAGAGCUUGAACUCAGGGUACUGCUCUUGCUCAACUUCU